CAAAAGCCUAUACAAAAAAGUCUUAAACUUUCUCUCACUACUUUUGUUCUACAGUAACAACACAAGUAGCUCCAGUUUUGAGCAAAAAAAAGAGAGAAAAAUGAAGAAGAAUCUAUUCUUUUGAUCGAGUCCUUUAGUCCGUCGCCUAUGGAUGAGAACGAAAAGAAGAAGCUAAAACCAACAGAAACGAUGAGUGCUUUGUUUCCCGAUGAGAGUAGUAGUUUUUUCUUUGAUAUGCCUUUAUGUGAAACCGAAAAAGGCUCUUCUUCUCCAAUGAGCUUAAUUGAAUCCAUGUUUGCUUCUCAUGAUGAUCCAAUUACUGAUUCUUCUUCUCUAUUCGAUUUGCUUCAACCUCCACCUUCUCCUCCACCACCACCACCCGAUGUAGCUUUGUUGAUUCCCUCUCCGAUUGCUAAUACUUCUGCUAAUUCCUCCGAAAUCUCUUCAUCGUCAACUGAAGUUGCAGCGAAUAAUGAGCAUCAACAGAUGAUUGAAACAGUAGAGCAACAACUUGAAAAUGAUGAGGACAAGAUCGAUAACCUACAGUUAAAUCCGAAAAAGAGGAAGACAAGGAAGGAAAGAGAGCCCAGAUUUGCGUUCAUGACUAAAAGUGAAAUUGAUCAUUUGGAUGAUGGUUUUAGAUGGAGAAAAUACGGACAAAAAGCUGUGAAAAACAGUCCUUUUCCCAGGAGUUACUAUCGUUGCACUACUGCAACAUGUGGUGUGAAGAAGAGAGUGGAAAGGUCUUCUGAAGAUCCAUCAAUAGUUGUUACAACUUAUGAAGGUGUUCACACACAUCCAUGCCCCGUUACGCCACGUGGCAGCAUUGGCUUUUUUCCAGAAACCACUGGCUAUAGUGGUGGCUCCAUUGGUGGUCUUGGUGUUGGUCUUGGUGGUGUUGCUAGUAAUUCGUCUUUGUUUUUCCCAGAAUUCAAUUAUCAAGCUCAACAACAACAACAAUCGACCUACUUUCAGACACCAACAUUACCACCUAUAAACAGUUUUACUACUGAUUCGUCAUUGUUUUCAACUACUAAUUCAUCCCAAGAAGGAAUGUUAUCGCCAUCAACUUCAUCGUCUUUGGCUAGAGAUCAUGGGCUUCUGCAGGAUAUGGUGCCAUCCCAAAUGAGGCCAACAGACCCAAAACAAAAUCAGUAGGAGAGAAUGAGAUCAUUAUCAAUUGGUAUGUUAGUUUAUUUAACUGAUGAAUCUUAAUUUAGAUAG